GGCGAGGCGCCGUCCUCCACCUCUGGCAGGGCGGCGCGGAGGCGAGAGCUGUGUGUGUGUGGGAAAAAACUCUGAGGAGAAAGAGGCGGACGAGGCCGUGCCGUGCCUGUCACCGUCGUCGUCCGGCUGGCGACGAGAAGCCAGGCCGUCAACACCGCAGCGGCUGGGGCGGAGGGGAAGGGAACGGAAAGGGGAGGGGGAAAAAGCCCCCCGAAACCAGAGGCGCGUGAAGCCUGACCAGCGCCGCCGCCGCCGCCUUCAGCCGCCUCUCCGGUCCCGAGAGCAGAAGGAACGGCAGCCGGGCCCCGUGCGUCCCUCGCCUGCGUUUCCUCCGUGAGCGGCGGCCUGGCGUGACUGACUGGGGCCGGAGAUGAUGCCGAUGAUAUUAACUGUAUUCCUGAGCAACAAUGAACAGAUUUUGACUGAAGUGCCAAUCACACCUGAAACAACCUGUCGAGAUGUGGUGGAAUUUUGCAAAGAGCCUGGAGAAGGCAGUUGCCAUCUUUCUGAAGUGUGGCGUGGAAAUGAGCGGCCCAUCCCCUUCGAUCACAUGAUGUAUGACCAUCUGCAAAAAUGGGGGCCUCGCAGGGAGGAGGUGAAAUUUUUUCUUCGUCACGAAGAAUCCCCAACAGAAAGCAGCGAGCAGGGUCGUCAGACUCAAAAUCAGAGGAAUGGAAUCAGUAUACCUGUGGAAAAACGUACUGAAAAUGGGGUUGGGAAUCCACGUGUUGAGCUCACACUUUCUGAACUUCAGGAUAUGGCUGCCAGGCAACAGCAGCAGAUUGAAAAUCAGCAGCAAAUGUUGGUUGCCAAGGAACAACGGUUGCGUUAUCUGAAGCAGCAAGAACGCCGUCAGCAGCAGUCUGUGUCUGAGAGUGAAAAGCUACAGAAACUUAAAGAGCGAGUGGAGACACAGGAGACAAAGCUGAAAAAAAUCCGUGCCAUGAGAGGGCAGGUGGAUUACAGCAAGAUUAUGAACGGGAAUUUGUGUACGGCUACUGAAAUUGAGCAUAUCAGUACCAUGUUCCAGGAAAAGCAACAGGAGUUACAAGCUGCAGUGUUAAAAGUGGACCAGCUUACUCAGCAGCUAGAGGACUUGAGAAAAGGGAAGUUGAAUGGAUUCCAGUCUUAUAAUGGACAGAUGACCGGGCCUGCAGCUAUAGAAUUAAAAAAAUUGUACCAAGAACUACAGAUUCGCAACAGGCUUAACCAGGAACAGAACACCAAGCUUCAGCAGCAGAAAGAACUCUUGAACAAACGCAACAUGGAGGUGGCCAUGAUGGACAAGCGUAUCAAUGAGCUCCGCGAGCGCCUAUACAAGAAAAAAGUUGAGGCACGUCAAAAAGAAAACAUCCCUUUAAAUCGGAUAAAUGGAACAUCUUCCCCUCAGUCAUCCUUGAGUGCUUCAGGCAGAGUUGCAGCUGUGGGACCAUAUAUUCAAGUUCCUAGUUCCAGCAGUUAUGCUGUUCCAGUCGAUCCAGUGAAGCCACAGUCCCUGUCCAUUACUACUAGUGCAACUCAUGGAAGAUCGAAAUCUGAUACAGACUAUGGGUGUGUGAAAAAAUCUCCAGGCCCCUGGAAGAUUUCUGAUUUAGACAUUAUAGUGGAUCCUAUUCUGUCACCUCCCUCUCUUCAAACUACUGUUCACAAUGUCAUCCAUUCAGCAUCUGCUCUUUCUGAGAUCCUGCACUCAAAUGAUGGAAAUUGGCCAGCACUUAAACAAAACUCGGCUCCUGUGGUAAAGCCUCCACAAAUCUCCAAUGUAGAUUGGAAGGAAUCAAACAUGGAUGCUGCUCUAAAACAAGGAACUAUAUCCAGUCAGCCUCUGUCAUCUUCAAUAUUAGGAAGCAAUGAUAAACUGGGUCUUGAUAUGGGGAAAGUGCCACCAGCUAUCUCUGCUGUAAGUAAGCAGUUGCCUCAAAACUAUGGGACCUAUCCAAGCUCUGUUCCUUUAGGAACAGGUUCUACCAAUUCCCUGGAAAGACGAAAGGAUGGCAGCCUACCAAGACCUGGGUCUACAGCAGCAAACCGGCAAAGACCUGUCCCAUUACCACCAGCAAACAGCAUUCAUCAGCCUAGCUCUUCACAACAAAUACAACAGAGAAUAUCCGUCCCUCCUAGCCCCACAUAUCAACCUUCUAAUGUCCCACUAUUUCCAGGUGGAGAUGGCAGACCUGACCUCCCCUUAACUGUGGCCAUCAGGCCUUUUUUAGCUGAUAAAGGCUCACGUCCUCAGUCUCCCCGGAAAGGGCCACAAACAGUGAACUCCAGUUCCAUCUACUCAAUGUACCUUCAGCAAGCGACACCACCAAAAAACUAUCAACAGGCUGUGUACAACACCCUAAAUAAAUCAGUUAAAGCAGUUUAUGGGAAGCCUGUUGUACAGUCUGGUUCCACUUCUCCUUCGCCAUUGCCGUUCCUUCAUGGAUCUUUGCCUGCCAACGCAUCACAGCCUCAGCCUCCAAGUGACUAUAGUGAAAAAGAUCAAGAACUGGAAAAUAUCCCACCCUCGGGUGAUAACAGCAAUGUAGAAAACAUUCCUCGGCCCCUCAGUCCCACCAAACUCACACCCAUUGUUCAUUCACCCCUCCGCUAUCAAAGUGAUGCUGAUCUGGAAGCGCUUCGAAGGAAACUCGCCAAUGCUCCUCGGCCCUUGAAGAAGCGAAGUUCUAUCACCGAACCGGAAGGCCCCAGUGGACCAAACAUACAGAAGCUAUUGUACCAGCGCUUUAAUACUCUGGCAGGGGGAAUAGAAGGUGCCCCUUUUUAUCAGCCAGGCAACUCACAAGACUUUAUAGGCACUUCGGCAGACGUUGACAAUGGAAACACAAACACGAAUGGCAAUAUCGAAGAACCCGUUUCCGUGCCCCCCACAGCUCCUCUUCCUGACGAGCCUUCAUCUGAUGCCAACGAUAAUGAACUACCUUCACCUCCAACUGAGGAAUUGAUUAGUGCAGAAACAACAAAUCAGACACCUGAGACUACGGAGGAUGAUAACAACAACAACCCUGCUGUAGCCCCUUCUGUUGAGCGGCCACCUAGUCCUACACCCGAAGGCGAGUCCCCAGCAGAAGAUGAAGUGCAGCUGCCACCUGCUCUUCCUCCUCCUCCACUUCCUUCAACCAAGCGGACCAAUCUGAAGAAACCCAACUCGGAAAGAACAGGCCACAGUUUGAGGGUCAAGUUCAAUCCCUUGGCACUGCUGCUGGAUGCCUCACUGGAGGGAGAGUUUGACCUGGUGCAAAGGAUAAUCUACGAGGUGGAUGAUCCCAGCAAACCUAAUGAUGAAGGCAUCACCCCUCUGCAUAAUGCUGUGUGUGCUGGCCAUCACCACAUAGUAAAGUUCCUGCUGGAUUUUGGCGUCAAUGUGAAUGCAGCAGACAGUGAUGGAUGGACUCCUUUGCACUGUGCUGCCUCUUGCAAUAGUGUUCAUCUCUGCAAGCUACUUGUUGAAUCUGGAGCAGCAAUAUUUGCUUCAACUAUAAGCGACAUAGAAACUGCGGCAGACAAGUGCGAAGAAAUGGAAGAGGGUUAUAUACAGUGUUCCCAGUUUCUCUAUGGUGUACAGGAGAAGUUGGGAGUCAUGAACAAAGGGGUAGUGUAUGCACUCUGGGAUUAUGAAGCUCAGAACAACGAUGAGUUAUCAUUCCACGAAGGAGAUGCAAUUACCAUUCUGAGGCGCAAAGAUGACAAUGAGACAGACUGGUGGUGGGCGCGUCUCAAUGACAAAGAAGGCUAUGUGCCUAAAAAUCUCUUGGGGUUAUACCCAAGAAUAAAACCUAGGCAACGAACUCUUGCCUGAAUUCUGUCACUUGGUAGUGCAAUACCUUUUGGGCAACUGGAAGAUGAAAGCAUACACUGGAGACAUUUUCAAUCACAUUUCACCAAGAGAAAUAAAGCUACACUUGUUUAAAUGGUGCUCUUGUUAAUAUGAUGGACAGCAUUUGAGGUUUUCUGUCUGCAGUCUGUGAGGUCUGCUCCAUAUUAACCUACCCAGUCACUGGGAGAGGUAAUCACACAGCCUACAGUAUUUUUUGCCAAUUGAAUUAAACUUGUGCUAAAUGUUAAAAUCUCUUGCAAAAUGCAGAUAUGCUGUCUGACCUGUUCUAGGCCACAGUAACUAUCCUGACAUGUCAAGACCUGUACUAUUAAAGUUGUCAACUAAAUGUUGAGUUUACUGUGUAAAUCUUUACAGAUCCUAGUAAAAGUUAACUUCUAGGACUCACCAAAAGUCCUUUGGUAGAAAAGGUGUUACUGAGAAGACACAAAAGCAUCAAUGCUGAAUGGAUUUUUGCACACUUCUCAAAACCACACUUCUUCCUUCACUUGAUGUUUUUCUUGAUAUUCUGCUUAUAGCACCAGUUUAACAUCCCCAUAUCCCAUUAUACUUUCUGAACACACAUGAAUUCCAUCUUCUGAACAAACCUGCAUUCAGAUUUAAGAGAUUUGUAUGUCCAUAUGAAAGAAAAGUGCAAUAGUUGAAAAUGGGUAAGAGUGGGGGUAUAAAAGCUAAGAGGUUCACUUAAGGACCUUUAAUUAUCUAGGAAGAGAGGUGACUGAAGAAUUGAAUAAAGGCCAAGCUGGUUGUGUAGAGUGAAGGGGAGAAAGAAAGAGACUUAUAGCAAAGAUGACUUGCAGUUUGGGCUACAGCAGUCUUUGUGGUUCUUGGCAGCCCUGCAUUUCAUGCCAGGGUGAGUUAUGCAAUAACUUAAUCCAAUAUGUAGUUUCAAGCAAAAAAAGCACUUCACUGGAAUAUUAAUUGUACAUGAUUUUAUAUACAGAAGUCUAUUUUGAACUUCCCAUUCAGUUGUAGCCAUACAUUUUAUAAUUUCCUCCCAGUAAAUUGUAGGCCAGUUGGCUUUAUUCAUUUACACGUAUAUAAUUUAUAUCCAUUGAUGCAGUGCUGUUAACUUGCUUUUACCACUGUUUAGCAUUAAUUGUAUAUAUUGUGGUGAUGAAAAGUGAAAAGGUAUUGUAAAAGAAUAUUUGCUAAAUGAAUGUGAGUAAGCCUACGAUACACUGCUAAUCCAGUGUGCACAAUAAACUACUGCGAAGGUA